AUGACCUCUACCAACAUCUCUCGAGCAGCCCCCACUGUGCCACCCACCAACACAAUCAAGGCCGAAGACCUGGCGACCAUGUUCGAAUGGCUCACCAACACCUUCGUCAAGGCCAUUGCAGCUCAAGGGACGUCAGGCCAGCCGAUCAACCAUCCCGACAGCCAAGACAAGGCGGCGACAACUGCAUUCACCGAAUAUAUUCGGAUUGGCAAAUGCAAGCGGAAUAUCGAGGGGAAGGUUGUACUGUCAAGUGGGGCAUUCGUACCCAGAGAAAUCACGGGUAGUAACCUGAAGGACCGAGUUGACGAAUGGCACCGCAGGAAUCUAGGCCAGUUGGCGACUGGACAGAUGAUGUUCACGGUAAACGCAGCACCAGCUUACCCAAUAAUGAUAGCCUCCCGUCACAAUUCACCCUCAUUGCUAGAUGUUACCCCGACUUACCAACUCACUGAUGUCCAGCAAAUCGCGAGCCUUGAAUGUGAACUAUUUGCACUCCGAACACAGGGCGCGAGGGCACAUGAAAUGGCACAGACAGGACGUUCGGCACCUACUCCGUCACCGGCUCCUGAACGACAAGCAAGGACCGAAACUCCCGAACCCGAACCCAAAUCCCGACCGACCACCCCGACUCAGCGACUGCCCCCGGUACCAGCCAAGGACGAUGCUCCGAUCCACCCAUAUGCUAAAGCCCAGGACGCGACCUAUGCACCGCCACACGAACGCAACAUGGGAGCCCUGGCAAAGAUACCAUCGACAAAGAAGGAUGCUCCGGCCUACAAAACCACGGCACCGAUCUAUGAUGAGAAGGUAGCAGCAGAGGUCUAUAACAGGGCAAUGGCCACUCAGGUGACACUUACCCAGCAUGAACUACUCUCUCUCUCCGCCGAAGUCUAUGCCAAUCUACCCUACGCCAUUGACAAUCUCGAACCACCAACUCGACCGACCGUCUUCUCCUUCAUCAAUGUCCUGCACCAACCGGAAACACCCCCGCCAGGUGCGACCAUCAUCCCCAACAUAUACGAAACGUACCUGAAGAAUCUACAGCCUGGUCAGGUUCCUCAGCCGUUGAUAGUUGCUAAAGAAUUGUCUGCCCUAAGGUCCAUCGUUCCCCUCGUUGAUUAUCAGCAGGAAGUCGAAUGCGUCAUCGACCCGGGGUCACAAGUCAUCGCUAUGUUAGAAGGCAUUUGCAAUGAAUUGGCGCUCAUUUACGACCCCGAAAUCAUCCUCAAUAUGCAGUCGGCAAAUGCCUAUGACAUUCUCCUCAGCCGGCCCUUCGACAUCCUCACCGAAAGUAUCAUCAAGAAUUAUUCGAAUGAAGACCAGACAAUCACCAUCAGCGACCCGAACACAGGACAACAAGCCACCAUUCCAACGAUCAGGCGAGGACCCCCUCGAGUUCUUCACCAAAGACAAGAUCAAGGAGAAGUUGCACUGAUCAUUUCCAUCGAUCAUGAUACCCCCAAUUUCCCACUUAUCGAAGCGUCCUCAGAUUUCCAUUCUCCAUCUCCCUCUCGUCGCGAUCUUUGUCUCAAGUACAUUAUGGCCUCCGAUUUGGGGCCCGAAAAUCAUCUCAAAAACAAUCUCGAUUCCGCUAUGUCAUCCUUAUUUUCCUCAGUUGUCCCCGGUUCUUUCCAUUCCACUAAUAUUGUCGACCCGGUCGCCAUCUUUGCCACCAAGCGCAAGUACAAACCGGUCGCUCAGAAAACACAACCAGUCUUGGCCGACCUCCCCAAAAAGUUCCGAAUCAUUCGGAACAUCAUUGGUGACCCUCUUGCCACCCUUCCAACACUGACACCAAACCCCCCACCAUUCAUGCCAACCAGCAGAUACACAGCCGAAUGA